AUGGGGCUCCCCGCGGUGGACGGGCCAGACCACGUGUGGGCCAGCAGCCCUCCAGGACCCCAGAGCCCCUGUGUUUGUGAAGCCUGCUGGACGGCCGGACGCCGGCUCACGCUGUUUGCCACGCUGGACGUCACCGCCCACGGGGGCCGGCUGCCCUCGCAGCUGGCCGUGCUGUACGUGGACACCAUCGGCUUCCUGAGCCAGCUGCCACACCAGCUCAUCGCCUCCUUCUCCGCCACCCUGGACGACGUGGCCCAGGCGGAUGUGGUCAUGCACGUGCGGGACGUCAGCCACCCCGACACGGAGCUGCAGAAGGCCAGCGUCCUGUCCACUCUGCGGGGCCUGCAGCUGCCCACCCCUCUGCUGGAGUCCAUGGUGGAGGUCCACAAUAAGGUGGACCUGGUCAGCGGGGGUGAGGGGCUUCCCUUCAUGCAACUGGACAGGGACCACAUGUGGAUGGACAGCGACCACGUCAAUGGACAGGACCCACACGUGGACGGACAGGGCCCACACGGCUGUGUCUCUCAGGCCUUCAGGGCCCCUGAGAUAGCCCAGGGUCCUGGUCCUGAGCUGCUGCGGUCAGAGACGUAG